ACAUUGUGAAAUUAGCAAAGCAAAAUAAUAAAACUAUUCGGUGCGCUGCCCAAGGACACUGUGUAAGUAGUCUAUCUUGCACAGAUAACUACUUGGUGAUAGUUACAGACUUAAAUCAGGUCACUGUGCAAGAAGAUCCAAAAUAUGGCUGGACUGUUACUGCUGAAGCGGGUACACAAUUAUUGAAACUUGAUGAUGUACUCCGAAAUCAUAAUCCACCAUUAACACUCGAUUCUGAGACUGUAUAUGACACAUUUCGAGUAUCGGGUGUUAUUUCAGUAGGUGCACAUGGAGCAAAGACAAGUUCAGGCAUUAUGUCAGAUCAAGUUUGUUCGAUGAAAAUUGUUACUGCUUCCGGUGAUGUAGUCGAAUUUAGUGAAGAAAUAGAUAAAUCAGAGUUCAAUGCUGCAAAAGUCAACCUAGGUUUACUUGGUAUAAUCUAUUCGGUGACUUUCCGUGUACAACCGAUGUACAACCUUCGUAUGACUGAUGCCCUUUAUCGAGCGAACGAAUGGCUUAAACCACAAAAUAUUAAAAAUCUUUUAGAAUCAUCUGAUGGAAUUGAAAUAUAUUAUUUUCCAUUAAGUGGAGGAUUUAAUCCGAAAGCUUCAAAUCCCCUUGACCUUAAUCCAGAUACACUUUUGGUUUUGAAUUGGGAACGGACUAAUGAUUCUGUGACUCUCCCUCCACAAGUGCUCGAACAAACACGUCAAACCGAAGUAGGAGAAAUUAAUAAUCAGUAUCUGACUAUACCUAGUUACCUAACAUCUAAUCCUUCGUUAACUCCGAGUAUAACUGGUACAUUAUCGAAUGUUAAUAAUGGUGGU